CAAAGCUGUUAGCCUAGCUGCUAUCCAGCUUCCGUUCGAAACCGAAGACGUUUUGGCUCUAAGUUAUUCGAGGUCUCGGCUCAGGUCUGAAUCAAUCAUGAUGCGUUACUGGGGUGAGAUCCCUGGACCAUCCGGGGCUCCCCCCAGUCGCAGCUCCUUCGACCUGCUCCAGCGCGAGUUUCGCUCUGUGGAGAUGCAGGACCCGCCCCUGCACCAGCCGUCGGCCCAGCGCCCCCGGCCCACCACGAUGCUGGAUAUCCCCUCAGAGCCGUGCAGCCUCACCAUUCACACGGUGCAGCUGUGCCAGCACGCCCGCCGCCUGCGAGCUCUCCUGGCAGCGGCCCAGGGCCAGGCUCAGGGUCAGAGCUCGGCAUCCUCAGAGGGCGGCAGCCGACCAGAGGAGACUGAAGCCAACCUUCCGCUGCGCCCUCCCACUCCACCCGCUGUGCCUGACGAUCUGCUGCCUGUAGACAGCAAAGACCCCCACCAGCCCUUUCAGCUUCGCCAUAGUGACCCUGAGAGUGAAUUCUACAAGGGUAAAGGUGAACCAGUCACAGAGCUGAGUUGGCCUUCCUGCAGGCAGCUCCUCUAUCAGUCAGUAGCCACGGUGCUGGCUCAUGCCGGCUUUGAGUCCGCCCAGGAAAGCGUCCUGGAGACCCUGACCGACCUGGUCCAUGAACACUACCUGCGCCUCACCCAGCUCCUGCGAGUAGCAGUGGAUCGUGAGGCCAGGCUGGGAGCCACACCCUUCCCGGACGUGGUGGAGCAGGUGUUCCACGAGGUGGGCAUUGGCAGCAUGCUGGCCCUCCAGCGCUUUUGGCAAGUCAGGAUCAAGGACUAUCACAGCUACAUGCUGCAGGUUACCAAAGAGCUGUCAGAAGAAUAUGAGCGGCUGGUGAAUCCAGAGAAAGCUAUGGAAGACUCCAAACCUCUAAAGAUCAAGGACGAGCCUCUGAGUGACAUUCCCUUCCCUGUAAGUGAGGAGCUGGAGGCCGACCUGGCCUCUGGGGACCAGGCUUUACCCAUGGGAGUCCUUGGGGCCCAUGCAGAGAGGCUGGCAGCAGGCUUGGAUGCUGACCACUCCCCUCACACUUCAGGUGGUGGCGCGGCCAACAACUCCCCUCUUUGGCCCCAAGUAAAGAUGGAACCCCAGGACGGUGACGAAGGUCAGGGUGCUGGUCAUCAUCAUCAUCACCACAGCGUCCUGAGUGGAGACGUGUUCGAAGAGGGAGAGCCCAUGUCCACCAUGAGUGAGUCUGGAGGAGCCAUGGCGCCUUCACCAGGAGGAGCGGCGUCUGAAGGCAGCUACGCUUCGCAUUCGCCUGACUCGCUGAUGGGAACGUCGCCAGUCUUUAACCAGAGACCCAGGAAACGGAUUAAGAAGUUGUGAAUAUUUAAAACUCAGAGAAUCUUCAUGUCUGUCUUUAUUAUUCUACAGUGAAGACAGAAAAGUGGGGGGAAUUUUGUACUUUUUGUUUUUUAGAAGUGUUUUCUAAUAUCUCAGAAAUAAUUGUGAAAUAUAAUUAUUGUACUUUGUUAAUAAAUGAAAAAAACAUUUUCUUUACUA